CGACUUAGUGAGAGAGAGGAACAUGAAGAAGCUGAGAGUGUGGGAAAAGGCCAGGCAGAGAGAGAAUAUGCAGGGAUAGACAGGAGAAAAAAAAAGGAAAAGAGUAUAUAAAGUGAUAGAUAUAGAGAGAAGAACACCGACUAAAGUGUAGCAGUGUGCCUAUACACAGAGUGAGAGACACUUGCAUGUGCAGGGGGAGAGAGAGAGAGAAUUAACAGGGAUAGAAAGAGUUUUUAAUAGAGGGACAGGGAGAAGGAGAGACGGAGAGAAAGACAAGGGGUGUGUGUGUGUGUGUGUGUGAGAGAGAGAGAGAGAGAGAGGGCGGGCGGGCGGUAGAGGGUGUGCGCGGGCCGGGGGCAGAGAGAGGACACUGUCCCCGCUGCAGAGAGAGGGACUGGGGGUGUGUAUCUGCGGACAGCCCGGACUUCCUUCCUUCCUUCCCAGAGACAGGGGCCUGAGGCCUAGGCACGGACUCACUCCCUCAGCCGGGGUGGGGGACAGGAGCUGACUGACGGACCGGGCCAAGGGUACAGGCCGAUGGAAGACAGCAAAUUUGGACCUAUUGCAAUGGAUGAUUUGGAAACGAUGGCUUUUGAAUCCGUUGAGGAUGAAAUUGCUUAUUGGAAAGAUCUUGCUUUAAAAUACCAACACUGUGCACAGAAUACUCGGGAAGAGCUAAUCGAGUUCCAGGAAGGAAGCCGUGAAUUAGAAGCAGAGCUGGAAACACAGCUGGAGCAUGCUGAAAGCAGAAAUCGAGACUUGUUGUCAGACAACAAUCGUCUCCGCGUGGAACUUGACUUGUUUAAGGAGAAGUUAGAGGAGCACCAUUCAGAGAAUUAUAAACGGAUUACUAUGCUGCAGGAUGAGCUCGCUGAGACCACUGCAAUUAAAGACCAGCUGCAGAAAUACAUACGAGAAUUAGAACAAGCAAAUGAUGACUUGGAACGAGCUAAAAGAGCAACUAUUAUGUCUCUGGAGGAUUUUGAGCAACGACUGAACCAGGCAAUUGAGAGGAAUGCCUUCCUGGAGAGUGAGCUCGAUGAGAAAGAAAAUCUUUUGGUCUCUGUACAGAGACUGAAAGAUGAAGCAAGAGAUCUGAGACAAGAAUUGGCCGUACAGCAGAAGCCAGAUUCAAUCAGGAAACCCACAAGCACACCUUCAGAAUUUGAAAAUGCAACAGCCCAAACAUCUGCAACAAUGCCUUUGACCCCGCUGAUCUGUAAGGGACCCACCAGUGGGUUCCCCACGCCUGCCAUGUUUACAAAAGAUGGUUACACUGGCAGCCCUCUGACUCCAUCAGCCAGGAUAUCUGCACUUAACAUAGUGGGAGACUUGCUUAGGAAAGUUGGGGCUCUGGAGUCCAAACUUGCAUCUUGUAGGAAUUUUGUUUGGGAUCAAUCUCCAAAUCGUGCAACUUUGUCAUCCACUCAGAAUGGCAACUGUGCAAUAAAAGACAACAAUGAUAACAGAGUAUCCAAUGCCAAUUUACCCCAAUAUGACAAAGGAUCCCAACAUAAGGCGAGGAAAUCUUCUCUGGCGGACAGUUUUGGGAACUGUAGGUCCAAGGUCGUCUGUUCCCCUCAAGCAUAAAAUAUGGGCAAGCGGUAUAUGUCCUGUCUCAAAUGACACACUCUCUCUAUAUUCCAAAUAUUUUUUUGAUUUUCAUUGUAUUUCCAGGUUAGCCAAAAGGCUGGAGUUUGGGACACUUGCAUCGAAGGUCUAUUCACAAGCAACUGCAUCACCUCAGGGUGUAGUCAAAAUCUUGCUUUGAACCAUGGUAAUUUGUUUUAGAAAAUUUUUUUAAAUGAAUUUUUUCCAAACCAAGCUCUCACAUUCAAUAGACAUGUUAGUGAAAUGAAAAGUUUGUUUUUUUUCUAAUGUUUUUUUUUGCUAGUGCAAGGUGAAGAUUAGUUUUUCUAAUGAAAGCCAAAAGUAGAUUUUUCUUUCAUAUUGAAGGUGCUUGGCCCAAAUUUUAAACUAUAUAGAAGCACCAUUCCACUAGAGAAGUGGGAUGGAGAGCUCAUUAAGUGGAGGGACUUACAGUUGGAUCUUUGGAAAUUGGCAAUUAACAAUGGAGUUUUGGUCUCAGUUUUGCGCACUUAAGAGUUUUGAGCUGCAUUUCAGUGAUUACAAUUUUAGCAGAGUCACAGGGAAACUGGCUCAUUGUGGAAAAUAGCCAUUUUAAGAAAUUGAUUUCUUGAAAAUUGAACUUUGUCCAAUUAGAGCUCACUUACUUGGCUUUUCAGUAAUCGGUAGCUUGAGGUUUGGCCUCUUGGUGUGUGGUUUUUUUAAAUUUUGAUUUGAAAUUAAGUUUGAUAUAUUUAAUCCACCAUUGUAACCACUGGGACAUUGAAAGAUAGUGGGAUAAAGUAUAGGUAGCUCCGUAUCAAUUUGUAGCUACUGAAAGCUCUGUCACAUUUUAUUGUUUAAUUUAUGUCAGCCUUGAAUUGGUAACCUUGAUGGUGUGUAGCACUUAACCAAAUUACUUUUCCCAAACAUUGUACAACUUGUGUAUCAAAAAUGUUUGGAUACAAUAAUGCACCUGUUCUGUAUUGUUCUGGGGCCCUUUUUUGACCAAGGUUAAAAUUACACUGAUUAAUUUGUGAAGUUGCAUAUUUCACAUGCAACUUCUUUUAUUUCUGUAUAUGUGGUGUAGUCAACAUGUCUAUAGUCCACAUGUUUCUAUAACAAUUUGAAUUAUUUCCUGCAUGCCUUUGGAAGCAUAAGUCAAUAUUUCUGUUUUCACCUUUGUAAAUAUUUGUUCUGUUACAUGUUCAUCCAUUGUUAGAUCUUAAAGUCUAAGUUUGUUCCAUUUGCUUUUAAAUGCCUAUCUGUUUCCGAAAUUAUUCCUGUCCUUAAUUCUGCUUUAUGUAAAAACUGUUGUGUACUCGUGUGUAGAAAUGUUACAACAUUUAAAUGCAAUCCCGUUACUAUAUAAGCUGAACAAGAGGACUUUUUUGUUUCACAAAAAAACCCUUUGCAAUAGAAAGAUAUUAAAGUGAUUGGCAUGUUACUAGGUCUAGCUCCCAAUUGAAAUACCAUGAUGACUAUUUCAAGGACACUUUCAUGAGUGAAGUAUAACUUAACUCUGCUCUGACGCUACCAGUGUAGUGUUCUGUUUCUGUAUAUGUUACUACUUAUAUCUGGAGAUAUUGGUUCAAGAAUUAACAAAGUAGAACUUACUGAAGAAUUUUCAUGUGGUUGCCAAGAGAAACUCAUCUUGUUUCUUUUUUUUAAAAUAGAGUGCACAAGAAAGUACAGCAGGUCAGUUGACUUCAGUCAGUUGGAGUGGGUGAGGUUUAGAGCUGGUAAGAACAGUUUGAGUAUCCAUUUAAUCUGUCGCGCAGGAUAGUUAUGAAGUUCUUUUAGAAUUGGUAUAUUUGAGCUGAGAAUGACUUUUUGUAGAACUGUUAAGCAGAUAAAGAAAAAUGACUGAAUAGUGCCUUAAUGAUCGUUAGUGCCUUUUAAUUAUGGCAGAGCCUAUUUGGAUUCUGUGGUCAAUCUAUGCCUGAUUACUGAAAAACUGGUUAAUCUCUGGAUUUAAUCUCGAGGAAGAGUAAUCUAACUAGCUGCUGAUGGACAUGAAUUUGUCUGUUUUAUUCUCUAGGUAGUGAAAGAACCACUUCACUGUUUAAUUUUAGCACCAGUGAACAAAUAGCUGAUGCACAUUAUUUCUCAGCUCAAAUUAAGGAUGUGACCCUGGGGAGGUCUGUAUACAUCCAUUACUAGGAUAAAGCCACUGCCUCACAGAAAGAGGGUGAUAUUUUCUGGUCAGAAAAGUUAACUAACCAAAGCAAAAGGGUGCAUUUAGGAUCACAAUGAACUUUAUUAUAAUCCUGAACUGCAUAUUAGAGGAAAUCCACCAGGAGGUUCUGUUCCUUGAACUGUGCUGUUUGUAUAUUUGUAUAGGACCACCCAGUUUCAGAAAGGCCCAGACACAGUCUCUGGUAGGGACUUUGAGAUUGGACUGUGCUUCCUUUUGAGCAAGUGACAAAAUUUUUGGUACCUUUUUUUUGUGAAUUUUAUUUUGACUCCAUGCAGAAUGUGCUAAUAUUUUGUCUCUGUUGUUUUGUUUUACACUUUAAUAAUCGAUCUCCAUGUUGGAGAAUGGAGCAUUUCCAGUUCUUAUUUUCUGCCUGGUGUCUAUGUUUUGACUCCUCCGCACUGCUGCAUGGUGCCUUAAUCCCAACAUCCUACAACAUUUCCAUUUUCCAGACCAGAUCUUGUGAUUUGUCUUAUUUGACAUCGAUAAAAAUGAAAUCGUCACAAGGUGACAUGUUGCAGACUAGUUAUAAUGGUGGUUUAGUGGUAAAAGAUUUUUUUUGCAAUACACAAUGGUGUAGACAUGCUCUGGAUUUGACUUGGCAACAGGAGGCAAAAGUGAAUAUGGUUGCUAGGAGAUAAAGAAGGGAAAGUACAAAUGUUUUCAUGCCUUUUAGUGGUAGUCUGUGAUUUACCCAUUUUAACCCUGUCUUGGGUGCCACAUUUUUAUUACUUUUGUGAAAUUGUGGGUAGGAAUUAACUUACUGUAUACUAUCCCAGGUUUGGGUCAAUGUUUGCUUCUAUAAAAUGUUGCCAUAUCCAGGAUUAUAAUCUGUCUGUAAUCUGUGUUUGUCAACUGAAAUAAAAUGAUCACUCACUA